AUGUCGUCAUCAACUACAGCCAACAAAGCCACUGCCCCGCGGUGCGGCGGUGACGCGGGAACAACCAAGCAGUCGAUUAUUUAUAAGGGCAUCAUGACGCCCAUCAUUUUCGUCUCGUUUCUGCUGUCCCUGGUGUGGGUUGAUAUCAGAUACACCAUCAAGAGAUCAAGAAACCACAGCCAAGGAGGCUGGAUGCCAUCGUGGCUGCACAACAUCGUGUACCGAAGCUCUCCGUAUCAUUACGUGCGAGUCAAAAUGCAAACGACUCCAAGCCACAAGGCCGAUCAGCAGGAGUGGUACUAUCACAGCAAGCAGAAGAAGCUGUUACGUAUGGAGGUUGACGAUGCGUUCCAGAUGAGGGGACAGGUUCUAGUGGUACUGGCGCUUGUGUCGCUGUUCGUCGUUUGGGCCUUUUGGCUGAUUGCCAACUGGGCAUGGCGAAGCAUUGGCAGCAGUACCUUCCGUAUCUGA